AUGCUUGUACAGCCGUUGAACAACAAACAUGAUCUACAGAGAAUUAACGAAAUUCAGUUGGUCAAAUUAAGGUCUGAAUUCAGAUCCGGGCUAGACGCAUUGACAAGGUUUGUUUUUGAAAGAACAAGGCCGAAGCAAGUUGGGGCAACUAUGAUGACUGGUCCCGCACCAUAUCCUCUUCAUGGCAGAGUGUCGAAGAAGAUGGGUGUCUGA